UCGACCGUAAUCCAUAUUAUCGACUGACGAACGACCGAGACCGAUCAAUCAUCAGGUUUUUCGCGUUUCACUAGUCACGACAUCGUCGUGAAUAAAUUGUUUUUUGUACCAUCCACCACAAUAUUAUCACAUUCGCGAUUUUUUCGACGUCGCGGUUCCUCGCCAACAGCCGACGAUCUCCGAAAGGGGUGGUAUGAACCGACGUCGGUAAUCUAUCCUCCCGCGUUACCGGAUAUCGGCAGCCGUCAGCCGACCUCGAUCGAUAUUAUUCAAUUAUUGUAAUGGGCUGCAUGCGUCAACAACUACUGAUGUCCACGGACAACAGUGGCAGCUGAUCGGUGUUGUCAAGAGACCCAUCGGGAUAAGACGGGUGCACCGAAGACCUCUCUACAUCAGCGACAAUGGCAGAAGGUGACAAACUGGAACACCAAUGUCUGCAAAAAGAAUUCGAGUGGGUGCUGAAUGAAGAGGUGCACUCAAUAUUACACCAGCUGAACAUCAUACUCAACGAAUGCGUCCGACGUUUUCCAUCAUGGGACAGUGACGUCCAGGUCAAACAGGAAAAAUUUGUCCUGUCUACGUCACCAGACCAGUUGAAAAGCAUCGUAUCCAUUUCUGGUGACACCAUACUGCAGGCGGACAUACAAUUUAAAGUACAGAGACAUCAGCAGCAAGUAAUGUACCGGACAAACAUUCGUCACGACUGCCCGUGGAAAUUGCAUCAAGUUCAAGACGCAGGCAAUCAUCUAAGACAAGCUAUUUUACAAAUUGAGAAAAUAGACAAGGAAACUAUUUUCAAUUCCUCAGAAGAAGUAUUGCACAUUCUGCGAAAUUUAUUAGGGUGUUUGCAAAGAGGUCGUACAAGUCUGAUAGUUCCACGUAAAAGAACAAUUGAUGAUUUGAUUAAAAGCAGAAACAUGAAGUGUUUGACACCCAACUUACCAGAAGAUUUGGCAAUUAGUUUUUACAUACAGAGUCAUAAGCUAAUAUUUGCUGUUUACCAAUUAUCCAAUUCUCACGGUGCAAUGAAGUACGACACGUAUCAAGCUGAAUGUACAGUACCGUGGUUGAAUGAAGUCCUCGUUCUUUUCACAGUUGCUUUACAGCUAGCCCAGCAACUCAAAGACAAGAUCUGCGUGUUCACCCAGUACAGAGAUAUUACUCAGUUGUCGCGACCAGUUUCUAGCAUUGCGAUACAGUCAUAAGUAUUCGUUAAUUUCUUUCUUUAUAUUAGGUACUAUUAUUAAACACAAUCAAGUGAUCAAAUAUGAAGAAUGUAUAUAGUAAAAUAUACAAUUGUAUAUUUUGGUUUGUUACCGAUUUUCUUCAACAAUCUUUUUCCAGCAAUAAUUUAUAGCUUUAAGCUUUUCAAAAAAUAUAUGUUUCACUUUAUAUUAUAUUUAUUUGUAAUCUUCUGAUAAACGCCAAACAUUUUUGAUGAAAUUUCAUUUGUAAUGUGAUUUCUCGUUUCCAUUAUACGACAACAGUAUUUUUUUUAAUAUUAAAAAUUGUUAUAAUUUUAAUUUUCAAUACUAUUUAUAAUAGAUAUCAGUUUUUUUUGUUUUAUUUAAUUUAUUAUUUAUUCUAGUUACUUUUGUUGACAACACUCAUAAAUUUUGUGUAGUGACGGUGAUAUGAUAACUAUACAAGUAUUCUUUUUAUUUGUAAGUUAUUUUGUGUAUAGUAUAAUAUAUACUUAGCACCCUAAGUUAUAUUUAAACAUUUUAGGACAAUAAUUUGAUCUGAUUACUAUAAUAAAUUAGUUUAAUAGAAUAUGCUCAUGUUCUAGUUUUAUAUAAUAAAUUCACACAAUUUGUGUGUUUAGAACA